CCGCUAACGGCAGAAAAGAGCGAGAACUCCGCGGUGCCAAGAGCCCGGACAGGGUGCUCACCAUGACCCGGGAGCUCAGCAAGGAGGCCUUGCAGGAGCUGUACGCCUGGAUUGACGGAAUCCCGCUGUCCAGGCCGAAACGGAACAUCGCCCGGGAUUUCAGCGACGGAGUAUUGGUUGCUGAAGUGGUGAAGCACUUUUUGCCAAAAAUGGUAGAAAUACAUAACUAUAUUCCAGCAAACUCUACCCAGCAAAAACUGAGCAACUGGCAGAUAUUAGACAGGAAAGUAUUUUCCAAAUUACAUUUUCAUAUUUCCGAAGACAUGUUAACAAAGUUGGUUAAGAGCUCUCCUGGAAUUAUUGAAACAGUUUUAUACAUGUUAAGACAGAAGAUUGAGGAAGAACUCAAUUGCACACAAGAGGUGGAAAAUUACAGUACUUAUGCUGACAAAAACAUUUCAGAUUACGUACCACCCAACAUGCAUUUAUUUACAAAGGAAUGCCAAUCCCAACCUGAAAUGUGGAGCAACAGUCAGAAGCAGAGGGCAUUUUAUGACCAGUUUUCCCAUCUGAAUCCUGAAAUUCGUCUCUUAUUAGAGGAGAAAGAUCAAGCUCUGUUAGCUCUUCGUGAAACUGUGGAGAUACUGCAGAUGAAAGUACAGCGACUUGAACAUCUGGUUCAGUUGAAAGAUCUCCGAAUUGAAGAUUUGACAAGACAUUUGAAUAAGCAUAAAUCACAGAGGACAAUGAAGUGACAGCAAGUAAAGAAAAAAAAAGGAAUAAUUAAAAUCUCAACAGAAGAAUUUGUUUUCAAACACCUGCUGAAAUGGGAUGAAAGUGAUACUUGGUGUUUUCACUCUCUUAAAAACCAAUUGGCAACACAUGUUUCACAGGAUUGGAGCAGUCUUAGAUUACAUUGUCUUUUAGAAUGUUGGCAGAACUAUGAUGUAACACUACUC